CUCUGCUUUUUGUGGGGUUGGUGUUUUUGAUGAUUAAUCUUUUAGCAUGUCGAAUUUGCUUAGAAUUACAUUUUCAACUUUCUUUAAAGAAAAUUGUUACCUUUCACUAGGAAUUAAAUACUGUUUUUUUUUUUUUUGUUACUAAAUAGUAGUAGUGAAAAUUUAUUCUUUUCACCGAUUUAAAUUUAAUUAUUUUUUAUUAUAUUUUAUUUGUUAUUAUUAUUAUUAUUAUUUUAAAAAGUUUAUAGCCUCAUAUUUUUUUUAAAUUUUUUAUUAGCUCAAGUAGACUUUAGCAGAAUUUAUUACGAGAGAUAAGCAAUCUUUCACCUGGAAUAACUGAAUUUUCGUAUGUUUCCAGAAAAGGUUGAUUACAAAUGGAUGAUUUCAUAGACAAGAUCACCAUUAUCUUUUCAGAAAUGGAAAAUUCUGUGGGCAGCUUGGAAUAAAGUUGUUAGUUGUAGCAGAUUGGAAUUUUAGUUUAACAGAUGGAUGUUGCUCAAGAGAAUCAAGAUUGGAAUUGCACUGAGGAUGAGUUUGCCGAGGAAUCAUUGUAUCCAGAGGCUCUUGGUAUAAGUGAUGGCUUUAGAGAUCCUGAGCUGCUUCCUCGCAUUGGAGAACAGUACCAGGUUGAGAUUCCACCUCUAAUGGCGAAGUCAAAAUACCUCUGUUUCAGGGAGAACCUCUUCCCCAAUACUUAUGAACACUUUUUAAUGGGAUUGCCCAUAUCACUAAUGUGGAUCAAGGACGAAGUUGGAAACAUUAAAAAUGAACCAAAAGAAUUUCCUGGUGAUUUGAAUAGCUGGCCAACUGGAAAAGAACUCAUAAAACAUGAAGGCAUUAGAGACUUGCAUAUCUUUCCCAAGUGCGAGUUGGAAGUCAAGACUCAGCCUAUGGACAUUACACUACAUGGUGUGACAGAAGUCAGAGUACCUGCAAACUUAGAUUUGCAAGAAGAAAGACAGACUUACAUGCAUCAGCAGCAUGGAGGCAAAGACUACUUCAUAGUUCCUGGAUCAGCGGGCGGCACAUGGAGUGGUUUAGAGGAGGCCAGUUUUCUUCUUGGUUUAUACAUUUUUGGAAAGAAUCUUGUGCAAGUAAAGAAAUUUGUUGAUAGCAAAAAGAUGGGAGAUAUACUUUCAUUCUAUUAUGGAAAAUUUUAUAGGUCUGAAAGUUACAAUAGAUGGUCAGAAUGUCGAAAAAUGAGAAGUAGGAGAUGUAUAUAUGGACAAAGGAUUUUUACAGGAUCUACUCAACAAGAACUGCUGUCUCGCCUGUUUUUACAUGUAUCAGAGGAAUGCCAAAAUACUUUGACAGAGGUUGCUAAGAAAUUUGGAGAGGGAAAUAUGUUACUUGAAGAAUAUGUUUUCACUUUAAAGUCAACGGUUGGACUGAACGCCCUUGUUGAGGCUGUGGGAAUUGGGAAAAGGAAGCAAGACCUCACAGGCAUGGCCUUAGAGCCUCUAAGGUCCAAUCAAGUUGCUGCUGUCCGUCCAGAAAUACCGGUUGGCAAAGCUUGCUCCAUCCUGACACCUUUAGAAAUUAUCAACUUCUUAACUGGAGGUUAUCGGUUAAGCAAAGCUCGAUCAAAUGACAUUUUCUGGGAAGCUGUUUGGCCUCGUUUACUUGCAAGGGGGUGGCAUUCCGAGCAGACUAAUGAUCAUGGUUUUCCUGUUGGUUCCAGGCAUUCUCUGGUCUUUCUAAUCCCUGGGGUCAAAAAAUUUUCGAGAAGGAAACUAGUUAAAGGAAACCACUAUUUUGAUUCUGUCAGUGAUGUCCUGAAUAAAGUUGCUUCAGAUCCAGGUCUUCUCGAGCUCAACAUUGGAGAAGAUAAAGGCUGUGAUGACAAGGAAGAAAACGGGUGGGCCAACGAGAAAAUUUUGGACCAAGGGGAGUUUUCUGAUCAGCAACGCCAUUGUUAUCUCAAGCCACGAACUCCAAGCCGGAGUAAAGAAGUCAUGAAGUUUACUGUUGUUGAUACAAGUCUGGCUACUGGGGAAACCAAUAGAGUGAGAGAACUGAGAAGCCUGGCAAUUGAAUUGAUGAACGUUUCCACCUCCAGAAGUGAUUCUGAAGAAAGUGAUGAAGAUCCUUUUCAGGAUACAAGAAAUGUAUCUGAUUCCUCUGCUAACUUGUGUUCUGAUCGGAAUAAGACUGAUAUAUUGAAAUCCUCAAAAAUCAAUGAAGAUAAGAGAGACUCUUCUCCUGACAGGGCCAAUUUCGAAAUUAAUGCUUUAGAGCAUAGUUCGCCUAUAAUUGGUUCAAAUUUCACCAAAAAAAUCCCCAAGGAACAGAAAGCUGGCAAGUAUGAUGACAUGCGACCAACGAAGUCUAUCAAAGGUCAUGCAAUCAAGAAAACAAAACCUGGGGAUAUGAAUUUUUUAGCUCCUGUUGCAAAGCGAAGACGAAGGGUAGCUGCUUGUAACAAAGCAGCAAAAGUUUGCAAUAAAAUUGAUUCCAUGUUAAGACAAGAUGAGGUCAUCUGUACUUCAAGCUAUCCUCUUAUGGAAGAGAAAGUUUCUUCUUGUCUGGAUCCAUAUCAGGUGAAGAUAUCAUCCGCCAGCUCUUCAUCCAGGGGCAGCCCUAAUAUUACCGAUGAAUGCACUCUCAGUCUCAGUAGCAACUCAUCGGUUGCUGAACAUACUAACGAGAAUUAUCAGUCCCGGACAUUGAUUGACUUGAAUAUCUCUUUCCCUCAAGAUGCUGAGACUGAACCUUUAAUAAUGGAAAUGACAGAAAGAGUGCAUGAUCAAGCAAGUGAACAACCAGAGGAUUCUGGCAUGCUGAAAACCUCCACCUCAAUAUGUAAUUCUAGUUACGAGCAAGCUCCUAGCAUGAAUUCCCGUAGACAAAGUACCAGAAACCGACCACUGACCACUAAAGCUCUGGAAGCUCUUGCUUUUGGAUUCUUAAGCAUAAAGCAGAAGCGGAGGGAUAGAGAAGAUUAUGCGACGGGGAACUCACUAUCAAGGCCUUCAAGACGCGCUCGAAGUAGGAUGAGAAUCACUGAAAACUUUGCUGCUGGGGUCAUAGAUUCCAAAGGAGAUGAGAAGGCAAAUGGGGUUUGUAAAGGUAAUGGUAACAUUUUCAGCAUUCAGGGGUAGAGUAGGGUAGGGGGCUUCUAUUCUUGUGCCUCAAGAUUGAUCGGAUGCUGAUUAUACCAAUCUUACAGCGAAGGACGAAACUCUUAGAAUCUUUUUAUAUGCUUAGGAGGAAUGAGCACUUUUUGGCUGCUCAAAAGUAUCUGUAAAUUGAGUUGUCUAGCAGUUUAUUUUGUGCUUCCAACUAAUGCAGCGUACAUUUCUUCAAGUUGUAACUUCCUUAGAGCAAUGAUGGCGGCGGACUUCUACAAAGGUUCAUGCGAGGUACUCCUCAUCAGUGGAACAUCAUCAUCAUAAUAUUAGUUGCUUACCAGGCUAAUGUAUUUUAUAAUGGUCGGUCAUGGCCUUUUAAUAGAAGCUAGUUCAUCAAUUCAUGGUGGAACCUGACUGAUACAUAUGAUUUCCUUUUUAUUUUCAUUUGAAUCAAUUUUAAUGAGCACAAGUUUUUGUA